GUUUAGCAGGUGUGGCUGUGGGGAGGGCGCGGGACGUAACGGUACCGGCGCCGUGGCGGGGCCGGGUCUGCCCGGCGGAGAGGAAUGCAAGCUUCAAAGAAUAAAAAUACAGAAAAGGCAGAACCAUUCUACAGGCUUUCAGUGCCAAAGCAGAAGACCAGUUCUGAGAUUAUAAAUGAAGCCAGAAAUGUUCUACGAACGCUAAGAACUCGGAGACCAUUUACACCUGCAGAGGAUCAAAGGAAACUUUUUGGAUCUGGAUCUUCACGAGCUCCUCAGAAUAGACCCCCUUCGGUUUUUAGUCUUCAUGCAUCCAGUUUUGAUUUGGCUGAAUCAAGACCAGUGUCAGGUGUUCGUCUGAACCCACUGGAUCAUAAACCGAUACUAGUCACUUUUGCAAAAGAUGAAUAUUCUUCCAUUUCCUUUCCAAAGCCUCCUGCUGAUGCUGCAGAGGUUAGAAAAGUCAGUAGUGCUCGGGCGCGCUUAUUUAGAAGAACUUCUCAUGGGAGUUUCCUUUCUGCUAAAAUGGCUCCUCAUCAUCAGAAUGAAGAGAAGCUAGAUUCUGAAGAAACAGCUAUGAUGAGUAAUCUUUGCAGAAGUAAUGAUAACUGCUUAGCAGAGCAAAGGUCAUACACACCAUUUAAUGAUGAAAGUAGGCAAUUAAUUUGUAAUGAGCAUAUCAGCAGCUUGGAGAGGGGAGACUUCCUAAAAGGGACAGCAGGAAAUUUUUUAUUUCAGCUGAGAGGAGAAAGAAGUGUCAACAGUGAUGGCAGAUUUGCUGAUGAAGAGCAACAGUUUCCCUGUGACCAGAUGAAAAAGCCUGGCACAAGUUCAUCAUGGCGAAGGAGUACAGGCUGGAAGACAAGACUAACAGGUUUAGAGAUUGAAACAAGAAUGAAUGAAUCAGAAGAGGAAGAAAUCUUUUGGCAUAUAAAGAUUCUACCAAUUCUGCAUGAACUGGAAAAAGGAGACAAUAUAGAAAAUCUUUGUCUGGCUUGCACCAAGCUCUAUCAAGCCUUAAAUGAAGGAAACAUGCUUGGAAAAAGAUUUAAAAGAAGAAGAGUGCUUCUCAAGACAUUAUAUAAACUUGUAGACAUUGAUUCAGAUCCACUUUGCCUGAAGCUGGCAAAGAUUAUUCUGGCUAUGAAAGUGGAUGGAAAAAAUCUUCUCAGUGUUUGCAAGCUUGCAUAUAAAAUUUGCAGGAAUGAAAAAAAUGAUUACAUCAUUCAAAACGAUAGAUUAUUGGAUUGUUUGUUGGAGGUUCUGAGAACUGAAGAUCUACAAAAAACCAAUGAAGCACUCCUGUAUUGCAUGGGAGCUAUAAAAUUCAUGUCUGGAAACGCAGUACUCCUUAAUGAAAUGGUCAACAAAGGAGCUGUUGAAAUGUUUCUGCAAUUAAUGAAGCAGAUUAAUAAUAUAAAAGAAAAUGACACACAUUUCUCCAACUUGGGCCACCUAUUAGUCCAGCUGACAGCUACUUUGCGAAACUUGGCUGACUUACCUCCGGCAAGAUGCCAACUCGUUUGCAGUGGUGCAGUCUCUGAGCUCUUUGUGGCGCUAGAGCAGCGUAUGAAUGAUAGGGAUGUUUGCACCUAUAUUGUCAGGAUACUCAGCAAACUUUCUUCCUACAGUGACUUCUGCGCAGCUUUAGCGGACCGCUCCAGAUGUUACGUCUUAUUUUUAUCCCUACUAAACAAACACCAGAAGCAGCAGGAUUUGGUUAUCCGUAUCAUCUUCAUUCUUGGUAAUUUAACAGCAGAGAAUAACCAGGCCCGUGAGCAAUUUUUUAAAGAAAAAGGAAGUGUUAACACCUUGGUAUCAUUAUUCCAAACCUACCACAAACUUGAUCUGAAUGCACAGAAAUGGUACCAUGAAAGAGGAGGGGAAGGAAAAAACCACCCGAAGCAUCCUUCAGAGGCAGAAGAUGUUCUGAUAAAACUGAUAAGAGUGCUGGCCAAUCUCUCCGUUCAUCCCAGCGUAGGAGCAGCUCUGGCAGCUGCCCAUCGUGUUGUAGAAUUGCUUGUUACAGUACUAGAAUACAAGUCAGUAGAUGACUGUGAGGAGUUGGUCAUAAAUGCUGCAACAACAAUCAACAAUUUAUCCUACUACAAAGUGAAGAGUUCUGCUGUUCAAGACAAGAAGAUAGACAUUGCUCAAAUGCUGUUAAAGCUGUUAAUGAGCGACAAUAUGGAUGGAGUUGUGGAGGCUGUCAGAGUCUUUGGCAAUCUUUCCCAGUAUCAUGAGAUCUGUGACUUCAUCAUACAGAAAAAGAUAUACAAGUUCAUGAUUGCUUUACUUGAUGCCAAGAACCAAGAUGUCUGUUUUUCUGCCUGUGGAGUUCUGCUCAAUCUCACAGUAGAUAAGAACAGACGAGCUUUUCUGAUGGAAGAAGGAGGAAUUGGAAAGUUAGUUGACUGUUUACGAGACUUUGGGCCGGCUGACUGGCAGCUGGCUUGUUUGAUAUGCAAAACCCUGUGGAACUACAGUGAAAACAUCACAAGCGCAGCCUCAUGCUUUGGAGAAGAUACUGACACGUUGCUGGUGCUGCUCACAUCACUCUUAGAUGAAGAGCGAGCACUGGAUUACAGCCUCAACAGAGAUUUAAGGGACUGCCACAAACUGUAUUGGGAAAGAGAGUUCAAACCUGUGGCGGAAAAGCUUCUUGACAGAAUUCAAAGCCAUCGCUCCUUUCUUCCAACUGUGACUGUUACUCCAUUUUAAUCAGUCUUUUAUUUUUUUCUUUUUUUUUAUGUUAUAGCUUGUACAGCUUUAUGUUUCUAAUAUAGCUGUACAUUGCCAUUGGUAGCCACGUUGGAGAGCAUGGGAAGUUAAUUUUUAAAGAGUCAGUCAAGCCUGAUAUUUAUAUACCGGAUACUAUCUUUUGGAAAGCUUGUGUGAAAUUUUUGCAUGUGUAAUUACUUUUUACAAUAUAUUUGAGCUGACCAAGCA